UGAUCGUUAACAUUUUAUUGUGCCUAUAAUUGAUAAAGAAGUCUUUUUUGCCGGGACGUAUCUUGUUCACUUAUGAAUAAUAUUACAGAAAGAAAGAUAAUUUCUAUUUGAUCAUAUUUUACCCUUUGGUUUAGCAUGUGCGAGCGAAUCGACAACAAUAACAACAGAGACAACAUCAACGACAACAACGGUGACAACAACAACAGAAACUACAACAUCAACAACAACCACCACGACAUCAACGACAGCGACGACAAGCACUACCACAACGAGUACAACACAAACCGUUGCACAAAAUGCGACUAGUGCACAGUAUUAUUGUGGACGUACGUCAUCGUAUACGCUUUGGCAACUAUAUAGUGCUAGUGGAUUAUACAUGGAUAUUGAUUCGAGCGCCUGUGGUUUCAAUUCAACUCCACUCUACUUCACUAGUGUGUCUGGUACUAGCUCGCAUUGGGAUCUAACGGGUUAUACAGCUAUUUAUUCAUCGACAAAGAAUUCAUUUCGAGUUUAUACUCAGUCAAUUAGUGGUGCAGCUAGUUCAAGUUUGCUUUCUUUGGCCCAAACAUAUGGAUGGAAUGUGGAAUGGAUUGGUGUUUCUCUUUAG